ACACAUGUUAAUCCACAUUUUGAAUGUAGACACAAUACUGCGUCAGAAUCAGAAAUACAAGCUCACUAUAAAUACCUGAACACACCACUUCAAUUUUACUGAUACACACCUCAUUCUGGAAUCUUCCCAUCAGAAUCAGUGUUUCACCGCCAAGUAUUUUCUUUCUCUCAAUGGCAACUGCUGCUCUGAAAGAGAUUCUUCCACCGUCUUUGACUUCAGUAUCCGAUCAACCUCCUCUUUUUGAUGGAACCACCAGGUUGUACACCAGUUAUACUUGUCCCUUUGCACAACGUGUAUGGAUCACUAGAAACUACAAGGGACUACAAGAGAAGAUCAAAUUGGUUGCUAUUGACCUUGGGGACAGGCCUGCUUGGUACAAGGAGAAAGUUUACCCUGAAAAUAAGGUGCCAUCAUUGGAGCACAACGGUAAGGUCAUUGGAGAAAGCCUUGAUUUGAUCAAAUACGUAGAUGCAAACUUCGAAGGCCCCUCUCUGGUUCCCAGUGAUCCUGCAAAGAAGGAGUUUGGUGAGAAGCUGGUGUCUGAAGUUGAUUCAGUCACCAGAGAGUUGUUCUCUGCCUUGAAAGGGGAUGCUAUACAACAAACAAGUUUUGUUUUUGAUUCCUUGGAGAAUGCUCUUGGUAAAUUUGAUGACGGUCCAUUCUUUCUUGGUCAAUUCAGUUGGGUGGAUAUUGCUUAUAUCCCAUUUAUUGAAAGAUUCCAAGUUGUCCUUGCUGAGGUGUUCAAGCAUGACAUCACUGAAGGAAGGCCUAAACUUAGAGCUUGGAUUGAGGAGGUAAACAAGAUUGAUGCUUAUGCACAAACAAGGACUGAUCCAAAGGAAAUAGUUGAGCUUUUCAAGAAACGUUUCUUGGUAGUCCAAAAUCCUCAGCAGUGAACAUUGGAUUUCAGCGAGGCAUCCAUUCAAUAAGUGUCAUUUGUGUUUAAGGGAUGCAUAUUCAGCAAAAUAUUGGUGUAACUUGUUUGUUAAUAAAUCACAAUGAUGUUUAUGUCAGCUGGGCUUGUGAUGAUACAAUAUUAAUGUAUGUUAAAAUUUGAUGUUAGUCUGUGGCUUGUGACCUAUCA